AUGAAGAGCCAUAAUGAUCUGCGAGUAGUGUCCGUGAUCGAUCUUGUUGAUGAAGUGCAACUGGAGAUACCUAUUCAGGAGAGAUUGCAUGUUGAAGAAUUAACUGUCAUGAUCAUGAAUUUCAAUGUAGAUCUCAUUGGAGAGUACGAGGAGAUGUGUGAAGAAUGCAAUCUUGUGCUAAACUUGGAGAAGUGUCACUUCAUGGUGAAAGAAGGUAUAGUGCUCGAUCAUAAGAUCUCGAACAAAGGCAUUGAAGUUGAUCGAGAGCUGAUUGAAAAGUUGUCGCCUUCCAUCUCUACAAAGGGCAUUAGAAGUUUUUUGGGACACAGUAAUUUUUAUCGCCGAUUUAUCAAAGACGUAUCCAAAAUAGCACAUCUAUUAUCCAAACUACUUGAGAAGGAGAUGAAAUUUGUUUUUGUUAAAGCCUGUCUGAAGGCAUUUAAAGAGUUAAAAGAGAAGCUGGUUUCGAUACCUAUCAUCAUUUCACCUGAUUGGAAACAACCGUUUGUAGUUAUGUGUGAUGUGAGUGGAGUAGCACUUAGUGUAAUGUUAGGGCAAAGGCAUGAGAAGAUUCUUCAUCCCAUAUACUAUGCUAGCAAAGCCCUCAAUGUUGAUCAAAGGAACUACAUAGUGACCGAAUAA